UGUGUGUGUGUGUGUGAUGUAGUUCUCGAGUGUUUGGCGGUGGUCUAGCCGUGAGAGCGUUGUUGGGCCACCACCACUCACCACACGCUACUCAGCCCAAGAGCCCACAGCUGUGUUUGAGCUACGACCCCAGACCUGUCACAAUGUGAUCCUCUCUGAUGUGAGACACCUAAGGCGUAUCGGCACGGGUGGUGGGAACACCGCGAGGCGAUGACACCGCGGACACGUGCUGCUAUUACGGAGUACCAAUACAGCAGAUCUUUUUUGCGUCAACGAUAGAGGACGGACUUUGUAUCUAGUGACCCGAGCAAACAUGCCAUAGAUACAAACGCGUUCUUCUGGUGAAGCAUUUGCAUAAAAGAGGCAAAAGGGGGAACUAUAAAAGGGGCCGGAGAAUAGACAAGUUCCGUGCCAGGAACCAGGAAAGACUAACGUGACAGUGAUUUGUACAGGAGCCACACUUACCUGGAUUAAUUGACGGAGUAACAAAACCCAGUGUGCCACUGUGAUUAUAUCAUACCCAGUGUAUCAAAGGAGUUUUGGAUUAACUAAGACGCCCCCGUCCUGUCCCGUUUUUCACCCAGAUAGCAUCACGCUAAGCGUACAUCCUGUACGUGUGCUCCCUUCACGUGAAUUCUCAGCAGAUAUCUGGGGAUAUCGAUGUUUAAAAAGAAUUGCCCCAAAAGAUCUACACACUGCUGGAGUGACAGAUAGAUAGUGUGAAGAAGCUGUACAUCUCAUCCCCUGAUCUUCAGUUUCAAGCCGAUGGUUGUGGACAACAACAUUAAAAACUUCCCGUCAGAAGAUAUUAAACUAUCGCCGAAACAAGGUAUCUGAAAUACACGCUACAACAUUAUUUCUGAGCGUGGGACGACAUGGCCGGGUCCCAGUGGUCGCCAACUGUCGUUUGACGGGGCAUGCCGGAAGUGACGGUGACUUCUCUGCUGUUCAGUACCGUCUGCGCCCCGAUAGCCAUCAUCAUCAUGACCAGCAUCUUCCUCUGUUGCUGGGGCCGGAAGAGUUCCGCAGAGAUCAAAGACAAGGGCCAGCCGGUCAAAGAAAAAUCGCCCUCUCCCCAGGCAGAGGAGAAGAAUGGCACGACAGGGCCCGGCAACAACUUCGUGUCCAGCUCAGAGGACUUGGGCGACUUCUCCGCCGUGCAGAGAGAGACGGAGAUUCUCCGUUCGUAUCGACGGCCGCAGGCACCCAGGAAGAAAGGACGACACAGCCGGGCGCCCAGAGCCAUGACACAGUCCAUGGAACAACUGGAUGUGUUUGGGGAGUUAGCGGAGGAGGACGAUGAACAAUCCCCGUUGGAGGAUUUGGCGCAGGAGAAAGCAGAACGACAGCCGCUGGUGGGGGCGGCACAGAAAGAGGAGAGUGACGAGAAAGAGGAGGAGGAGGUGACCAUCCGUGACAACACGGACAAGAACCAGGACAAGCGAGACACCCGCUCCUCCAUGCUGGCGGACAUAGAGCAGACGCUGGCCUCCAUGCACCUGCAGCAGGAGGAAGGGCAGCAGAAGCAGCAGGCCGAUGGGGACGGGAAGGAAGACGCCAAGCCCACGCUCAGCCCCAUCGCAUCCGUCAGCUCGGAGGCUGCCAGUGUGGUCGCUGCGGCUACCUCCGCCGCCGGGGAGCUGACAAAUGUGGAGGCUCCCUCCAACGACGUGUUCGAGGAAUCAGCCACGUCGAAAAGCAUUGAGGCGGCUGAGGGCGAUAACAUCGUCGUAGAGGUAAAAAGAGGAGAUGGGGAAGACAAGGAGCAAGACACUGACGGUGAGGAUAAACUGGCAAACGAUAAGCCAGCAGUUGGAGCGAAAGGCAGUGAUAAAGACUCCAAUAAUGCAGCAUUGUUGCCUCCUGAAACGUCCGGGAAGGAGAAAGAGGAAGAGGGAAAAGAAGAGAGUAAAACUAAGGCAAAGGAUGUCUCAGAGGAAAAGGGUCAGACAGCGGUCGAGGUUCAAAAAGCAAGUGCGGCGGAGACAUCUGCAGCACAGAGCGAAGGGAAACAAGGUGAUGAUGACGGAGAAAAUGAGGCCCCUUCCAUACCUGUAGAAGCUCCCUUAACCAAAGUGUCCACACCGCCACAAGCUGCAAAAAUCAGCAACACUGCUGAAAAAAGCCCAAAUGCAGACCCCAUUGUCCCUGUGUCAGAGGAAAUGACCCGUUCCUCUGACCUUUCUACGGAAGCCACGCCUUCGUCCAGCGACAUCCCCCAUAAGGCCAAGGUUGGCCAUGCGAAAGUGCCACCUAAAGUGAGUCCAAAACCCAGUCCGAAAGCCCGCGCGGCUGCAGAGGCAGUGGUUGCUCUAAGGCUAUCUGGACUGGAGCAGGACUUAGGAGGACAAGGGGAAGCAGCAGUCUCAGGAGGCACCAGUGUUGUCGUGUCCACAGCUUCCCCAUCCUCUGAGGCCAAAAAAGCUGGGGUUGAACACGUCAAGAUCACCCCACUGGGCAACUCAGCGCUAAAAAACAAUGACUCUGUCAAACCAGACAAAAACGAACCAGUAAUAACAUCAACAACGACGCUGAACUCAAUGCCGCCAACAACUCCAGUCAAAUCGUCAAUCAAAGACAGCACAAAUAAGUCCGCUUCGGACGCAUUGACCAAAAGCCCCACACCUCACCAGCCAAAACAACCAGUCAGUGGAAUACCCACGAAAAGCGGUGCAGGAUCCAAACCCACAUCCCCUGUGGUAAGCUCCCCGACUAGAGAGGCUCCUCCGCCCUCAAAUGUGGCCACUCCAGGCAUGAAAACAAUUCAGACUCCGACCCCCAAGACCACUGACGCUACAUCAAAGCCAGCAAACAAGGCAGAAGAAGAUUCGGACUCGGGCGUUUCUGCUGCUCUCACCCCAAAACCUCAGCCCAACUCUGAGAAAACUCUGCCAGCAGCAAACAAAGGCGCUGCUGAGCAACAACAAACUGAAGACAUUACAGACAAAGCAGAAAAAGCCGACACAAAAGAGCUCACGACACCCAUAGUUGAGUCUAGUACAGAGGAGAAAAAUUCUCAAGCAGAAUCGCCAGUCAAUAACUCUGAAGCACCCAUAGCUGAUAAACCAACUUCUCUGGCCCUUGCUGACGGCGAUGAACCAGUUGAUACAACUGCUGAGCAGAAACCUCAGCUAGAAUCACCCUCAGAAACCAAAGACACUCCUGGCAGACAACGUCGAGAGUCUGACGAGGGCAAGGGGAAGCGCAGCAAAAUCCCUUUGCGGGCCGGAUCCAAGUCCAGAUCUAGUCCCCCAAAGUCACCAAGUGAAGAGAAGCCAGAAGAAUCAGAAAGCACAUAGUAAAACAAAGGAUCAAACGGAAAGCCAGAGUGAAAAAGCUACGCAGCAUAAUAUCUGUACAGAGAGGGAGGUGGUCCCAAUGUCUGAGAGACAAGACUAGAGAUGAAAUAUCAUGGAUUGGGAGACGUUUGACCUCGGACUGAAGGCUCAAGCUGCAUAGAUAAAACAACUAGCCUUCAAAUCAGUUGACUGAUAGCGCUGCUUGUAGUUCAAAUUGUUGUACUAGUUUCCUGUGAAAGGAGUCAUACUGCACUUAAUUGUAUAAUGAUGUGCAUAUACUGUAAAAGGUUGGGGUUUUUUUUGUAUUUUUUUUCUUCUGAAGACUUAAUUUCUGCCAUCAUGAAGAAAGGAAACAGACAAUGCUUGUAACAAAAACGCUGAGAUUUUUGCAAAGCCACUCUCGUAAGUGUAGCAUGCAUGUACAUGUGACACAUCUAAAAAAACCAAUUGCACAGAUUAAGUAAGGAAAAAUUAAAACCAGUCACAGAGCAGACGUUUUGAUCUAUAUUUUAUAGUUAAUGAAGAAGCAUAUGUGCUUCGAAAUGUGAAUAGACUUUAAAAACAAUACACCUUCCAUCCAGUCUGGAUAAAAUACAAACACUGAAAUUCACAAUUAAAAAUCUAAAACAUUUGCUCUCUGACACAAUAAGACAAAAGUGUUGUAAAAAUAAGUUGUUUUUUUUGGGAGGGGGGGGGGGGGGGAUCCAUCUAUUUAACAGUAUUAACAGAUUUUAAACAUUUCAACAGUAAUUUGGCUAUGGAGGAAUCAUCCACACCUUGAGUGGUUUACAACAAAGAGGAUCCACCCUACAAGGGGGUACACUCUAGAGACGAUUUUGGAGGGGGAGGGGUAGGAACAUUGUGAGAAUAGACAAGUUCAUCACAACGAAUUUCAAUACAGACAUAAUGUUUGCUCUUCUUAGUAAUGUAAGUCAAAAUACCAUUGCUACCUUGUUGAGUUUGAGUUUUGAGUAAACAAAAGCACAUCGACACAACAAUGGUCAUUUAGAGCUAGGAAAAAGUAAGACAGGCAGACAGAAACAACGGAAGGAAGGUAGAGAAGUAGCACCUACCAGCCGCGACCCCCAACAACCCACUGAACCUUGUUGGAGAAUGAGAGAAUUUAUCAGUGAGAAGAAGGACUCCCUUGACUAGUACAGAUUGAGGCCUGAUAGACGAAGUGUGAGCUCUAAAUCUCGGUGCCUUCUUGCCAAGUUACGGAGAAGAAAAAGGUCUUGACUAGAGAUGUCUUUUGCAUGUUAGGGCUCAGUGACUUUUGCAUGUGAAGUAUAGGAAUGUACAUAUCUUACAGCCAUCAACUUAUCUUUAUUUAUUACAUGCAUGUCAGGAUGGAAGAUGGAAGAAAGGGAGAAAAAUGGGAAGAAAUGUAGUCUGCAAGAAGGAGAUGGGUAGAAAGACUUCUUCAUCUUGUAUAAUUAGCCAAGAAAAGUAACAGUGAACUAUAUGGUGAGAAUCUGAACAGCUUUUCACAUAAGUGAGCGAGUGGUACUUGUUUGAACGUUGACUUUAGGAGUUCCAGCCCUGAUUGGUCUAUACUCAUUUUAGUUGGCAUUUAAGUCUUUAAAAAAAAAAUCUCUUUUUGAUAUUGAACUGCAUGUACUUGAAAUGUCCGAUGUACUUUAUUGAGCUAUUCUCUCAUUACCAAACAGCUAUCAACUUAUAUGCACAUCUUCCAACCAACAUUUCAUCUGUGUAAAACUUUAACAACAUGGCUGCCUUGAAGAAAAAAGGCAGGUACUUGGUUUUUUACUAAAACUGAUGACGAUGGUGACUGCCGUUGAAAAUCAACAUACACAAAGUAUGAAAAAGACCUGUAUAUCUGUGUUUGAGCUUUGCACAGAAAAACUAAAGAGGAGAAAUACACGACUGACAGUUCAACUACUUGGAAGAUGCACACAUAAUUUGAUAUUCCUCAUUCAUAUUGUAUACAUAUUUUGCAGUCAGCAAAUCUGUUUUUUCACUGUAAACUUUCAUGUAAGAGGAAGAGGAGAUGAAGCAAUACAGUAUCAGUUUGCUUUGACUGGUAUUAGCUGGAGGAACACAACAAAUAACUUUGAAUGCCUCCAGACAUGAAAACACUUCUACUAACUGCCUUAUUUUCUGCUGUUCUGUAUACAUAUAUGCAAUUUUCUCAAAGACUUAUCAUGUACUUAAGUGCCUUGCUAUUUGAUUGUUGUCAUUUUACUGCUAACUGCUUCUUUUCAUCUUUUGUAAACUGUUGCACAAGUGAUUCUGCCUUCUACUGCAGUCUUCUUUCACUCAAAAAUGAGGAAAUCCAGGUAAAAAAAAAAAAAUUCAAACAAAAAAACAAAGCUAUUUACAUGUAACUAACAAUAUUUACAUUUUUUGGGUAACAAAUUAUUUGUACACUCAAUAAAUGUCUCAUUCAAAUAAACUCUCUUGCAUUAAA